CCGCCCUUUGGGGUGUACAGUGGGAAUUCUCCACCGAGAAUGUGGGGACGCUUCAAAGAGUCCCGCACAAAUCUUAGUGCCUGCGCAAAGAAACCAAUACUGCUGCUCCCUUGCUGAAAUCGCGCCAUAGAUCAACACUGUUUCAACAGACAGACCAAAUGGCGGAAGAAAAACUUAAUAAUCUACCCGAGCCUGUUCCACUCGACAGACGAUUUUUGCCUCAACAACAACAGCAACAACGUUCGCAACAGCCGCCAUUACCAACGCCCACCUCCACAGAAUAUAUGUCACCAAAUUCACCUGCUCGCACCGGUCCGCCACAGCAGCAGCAGCAGCAACAGCAACAGCAACAACUACUACUCUCACAGCCACCUCCACCUGCAACAACACAGCAAUUACAACAACCGGGCGAUAGCAGUAAUAGCAAGAACGCUCGACCGGCAAAACGCCAAAAGGUUUCUUUGGCUUGUCAGGAAUGUCGAGAUCGGAAGAUCAAGUGCGAUGGUAUUCGGCCAGUAUGUGGGCCAUGUGUAAAGAAGAAACGACCUGAAGGCUCUUGUGUCUACGAGCCAGAGCGUGGUCGACGAGGUGUAAAGAGCCAGUAUGUAUUUCUUCAAAAGCCCCCCUUUCCCCCUUUCAUGAAGGCACACUAGUUUUUCUGUUUG